UACAAAUACAAGUUUCCAGAUCCAGGUCGACAGUUGAAGCUGAAAACAAGUUGACAACUUUCCAUUUCUUUCAUUUACAACGCCUCUCGCGAUUUAGUCUGUAGAUGAUAUUGAUAAAAACUUGAAGUGAUUUAUGAAAUUGUGUUCUUUGGUGGAAUAAACAUAUUUUAAUUGGUUAAUCUCCACUUUACGGUCAGACAGGUACGUACGCAAACAUUUUGAAUUACAAGCACGAUGAUGUCUGAGAGAGAUAAGAGACUGUUACAGGUCAACCGUGAAAAUCUUCUUAAAAACAUUUUUGAUGUGGACAGUGUUGCAUCUCACUUACUUGCUGACGAAGUCAUUACAGAUUCUAUGCAUGACGAAAUAGUGAGCCAUAGGACCAAAGCUAGUAAAAUUCGUGAAUUGUUGACAAUUAUACCACGACGAGGUGAAGAUGCUUUCAACCAGUUUUAUGAAGCUCUAGUAAAAACAGAUGAAGGAGCAGCAGCUGAUUUACUCAAGCCUGAAUUAAAGGAAAUGAGAAAAAAAGGGAAAAUUCCUCUCGCAAGUCAUACAGUUGUAGAUGAAGAACAUGAUGGCCUUCCAACAGAUUGGCCUGAUGAGUCAGAAGAUUUCAAAGGUAACAUCGUUGUAAAAAAAACUGAAGAUGGUACUUCAAUGCAUAAAAAGUUUAAAAUGAUAUUAGUUCAACCAAUUAACAAUUCAUUACCAAUCUAUUCUAUGAAAAACAAGCCACGAGGAUUUUGUGUUGUUAUAAACAAUGAAGAUUUUACUGAUUCAAAAAUAAAGAUGGAAGAUCGUACAGGAUCAGAAAAAGACUAUAAUGCAUGUCUUCAAUUAUUCACUGAGUUGAAUUUUGAAGUUAAGACAUUUGGCAACAAGACAGCAUUUCAACUUGAAGAGAUUGCACAAGCUUAUAGUAGAAAAGAUCAUUUGAAUUAUGAAUGUUUUGUGAUGAUUGUAAUGUCACACGGAUCUAAAGGGAACAUAUAUGGGGUGGACGGUGAAGAAGUUGAGAUCGAAAGACUAACCAAUUGUUUUAAUAAAGUUAACUGUCCUUCAUUAAAAGGAAAACCAAAGUUAUUCUUUAUUCAAGCUUGUCAGGAUGUCAAACAAGAAAACAUCACACAAACAGUUAUCACCGAGGAGGAAAUUUCAAUUUCAAAGAAAAUGGAUAAACUACGUAUAAGUAAAGAUGCAUCAGAUGGUGAUGGUGAAGCUGCUUCAAUGACAGACUUUGUCAUUGCUAUGGCAACAAUGCCAGGUUAUGUUUCAUGGAGAAGAAUAGAUAUUGGAACAUGGUUUAUUCAAGCCAUUGUCUAUAUAUUUAAAAAUUAUUCACAUCAGAGAGAUAUUAAUGGAUUAAUGACAUAUGUUAACAAUUUAGUUCAGAAAGCAGGUGGAGGGGAUAGACAAUGUUCUGUUUUUAGAUCAUCCCUCAGUAAAGAUUUUUAUUUCUUCCCUGGUCUUGAUGAAACACAAUUUAGAAGCCAGCCACUCAAUCAGAUGUUAAUGGAACCUAAUUAAUAUUACAAAUAUUAUGCAAAUAAACCCCCCCCCCCCCGACUUAGCCCUGUGAAAUACAUUAAAUAACAGAAAACAAUAUGUGAAGGAUUGAAACAUAUGUAUUAUAAAUGUGAAGUGAAUCGGUUAACUCUUCUUCUACUUUGAAAAGUUUAUCAAGAUUGCGAUCUUUGUUAAAGAUACAUUAGUUAAGAGUUUAUAAAGAAUUAGCCAUUUUUGCUAUAAUAAUUCAAAAAUAGAUGAUAAGAAAAGAAAAUGUUGAAAAUUUCAGUCAAAUUACUUUGUUCUGAACGGAAUUGUCACUGUUGGAAGUUUGGACUAGAAAAAGGCAUCAAUUGUGUCUGCACCGUCUAUGAGAAUUGGCUAUCGUUUGAUUGACAGACGAUAACUCCACUCACAUAUUCUCGAUUAUCAGGUAACAUGCUCAAUGGCUAUGGUAGCCUCGCUUGGCAGGCCUUUUAUCACCAGUUUCCGGUAGUGACAUCAGCGACUAUCGGUAAACGUUCACUUGGUCCGCCAUUUAUUGAUUUAAUUUCAAAUGGACGCCUGUUUAAAUCCGAACUAUAUCCAAGCCAUCUGAUGGUCUACAGAGUUGAUUUUGAGCUUGUCAUGUAAAUAAAGGUCUAAUUAAUAAUUUCUAUAACAUCUUAAGCCUAAAUAAAGACUUGCAAAAGGCAGAUUUAGCUCUUGCAUAAUGUAUGUUUUGUUAAGUCAAAUUUGACUUUGAUUUGUCAUUCUUAGUCGUAUUUUGUCCAUUCUUUGUCAUAGAUUGGAUUGCAGUAUAAUUACAUUUUCAUAGACUGAUCCAGAGCAGUAGAAAUCAAAUCCUUGUUGGAUCUUUCAUAAUUGAUUGACAAGCUCUUUCAUGUUUCUGCAGACAGCUUAGGAUUUUGACCUGAUCUUGACAUUAAAAACCCAUUGCUGCUAAAAUGAUGCAGUCCUUAUUGUGAUACUGAAAUAGUUUUGUUUGAACUUGAAACGAAACAAAAAUGACACAAGGUAAUUAGUAAUAUAACAUGGAAUUGUAUAUAUCUAUGUGAGUUAAUUAGCUGAUUUUUUUGUCCCCCGCCUUUCGAAGAAAGCAGGGGACUAUUAAAAUGGGUCUGUCCGUCUGUCUGUCCGUCUGUCUGUCCGUCCGUCCGUCCGUCUGUCUGUCCGUCACACUUUUUGGGACACAAUAACUCUCUUCCUAAUUGAGCUAGAAUGUUCAAACUUGGUGUAUGUGUUUAUUAGGUCAAUGCCUUGAUGGAGUUCGAAGAUGAGCAUUUUCCGCUUAGGGUAAGCAGAGAUAAGCAAUUUGAUUGGUUGAUGCUUUGGGACACGAUAACUCUCUUCCUAAUUGGGCUAGAAUGUUCAAACUUGGUGUAUGUGUUGAUUAGGUCAAUGCCUUGAUGGAGUUCGAAGAUGAGCAUUUUCCGCUUAGGGUAAGCAGAGAUAAGCAAUUUGAUUGGUUGAUGCUUUGGGACACGAUAACUUUUAAUUGAGCUAGAAUGUUCAAACUUGGUGUAUGUGUUUAUUAGGUCAAUGCCUCGAUGGAGUUCGAAGAUGAGCAUUUUCCGCUUAGGGUAAGCAGAGAUAAGCAAUUUGAUUGGUUGAUACUUUGGGGCACGAUAACUCUCUUCCUAAUUGAGCUAGAAUGUUCAAACUUGGUGUAUGUGUUGAUUAGGUCAAUGCCUUGAUGGAGUUCGAAAAUGAGCAUUUUCCGCUUAGGGUAAGCAGAGAUAAGCAAUUUGAUUGGUUGAUGCUUUGGGACACGAUAACUUUAGUUCUAAUUAAGUGAGAUUGAUGAAACUUGGUGUAUAGUUUCAUGACAGUAAUACCUUGACUAAGUUUGAUAAUGAGCAUUUUCUGCUCAGGGUAAGCAGCAAUUUGAUUGGUUGAUACUUUGGGGCACGAUAACUCUCUUCCUAAUUGAGCUAGAAUGUUCAAACUUGGUGUAUGUGUUGAUUAGGUCAAUGCCUUGAUGGAGUUCGAAGAUGAGCAUUUUCCGCUUAGGGUAAGCAGAGAUAAGCAAUUUGAUUGGUUGAUGCUUUGGGACACGAUAACUUUAGUUCUAAUUAAGUGAGAUUGAUGAAACUUGGUGUAUAGUUUCAUUACAGUAAUACCUUGACUAAGUUUGAUAAUGAGCAUUUUCUGCUCAGGGUAAGCAGAGCGAUACGCAAUUUGAUUGGUCGAGACUUUGGAAAACAAUAACUCUCCUACUUUGAUUGUUAGACUAUAAGUAAAGAUAUACUGUUUGAUUGUUCAAUACUUUGUAAAAGAUAAUUUGUGAUAAAUUUAUAUGUGUCCUCUAAUUAUUUUCCUAUUUCGGCGGGGGACAUCAGCCUCACUGUUGGCUUGUUUUUUAAUGAUUGAGCUUAUUGCCAAUGUCUUCACAGAUCAGUAUUGUAUGUCCUUAGUUAAAUGGGGGGGUUGGAUGGCCGAAUGGUUAGUGUCUGAACGCUGUAUCAUAAGGUCUAUCAUUGAGUCAGCUGGCAUGGUUUCGAUUCCCCAGCUGUACGUGACAAGGUGUAAGGCCGCCUGUCCAACCUCUUAGGUUUUCCCUGGGUCUUCCAGUUUCCUCCCACUGCUAAAGACCCCUCCGCUCAAGCAGAUUAUUGAAAUAAAAUUGAACCAUGUUUGUCCCGAAAUAGCCUAGUUUGUGUGAGUGGACGUUAAACUCUCUCUCUCUCUCUCUCUCUCUCUCUCUCUUCCUUAAUUAAAUUCUGUCUAAUAAAGAACAUUCAAGUCUGUUUAGUAUUUACAAAGAUAUUGUCACUAGACAAUACAAACAAGCUAACAGUGAAUAGUACUCAAGCUAUAUUGAUUUAUAGCAGACUUAGUAUUUGACAAUAAUAAUAUCAUGAAAACAAAUAUUCUGGUUCUCAGAUAUUAUUGUAUCAAAUAACUGGCCCAUUUUUCUUUUAAAAAAUAAAUAAAUAAAGGAUUGUCUGGAUCAUUGGUUACUGCAUGUUUAUAUUUCUCCUGGUUAUAUUUGAAGCAAACCAGAAGAGUACUGUAGGCACAGUUAUCAAGUAUGCAUCCUGUAUAAAUGUUAAAUGUUAUUGACAAUCAUGAAUCAUACUGGAUAAUCACACAUUACAUUUCUAUAAAUAACAUUAUGAGGUAAAUGUUUUGCCUUUAAAUGUGAUGUUUGUGAUUGAUAAGUCAAUUAGCAACAUGAUCCUUUGACAAAAAGGGGGUUGGAUGGCUGAAUGGUUAGGACGUGCGCGCUGUAUCAAACGGCCUGUCAUUGAGUCAACUGGCGGGGUUUGUUUCCCCGGUUGUACGUGACAUGGAGUAGGGUCGCCUGUCCAACCUCGUGGGUUUUCUCCAAGUCCUCCGGUUUCCUCCCACUGCUAAAGACCCCUAUGCGCAAGCGAAUUAUUGAAAUAAAAUUGAACCAUGUGUUAGUCCCGAAAUGACCUAGUUGUGUCGAGUGGAUGUUAAACCCCAUUUCUCUCUCUCCCCCUUUGACAAAAUACCAAAGCAACCCCCCCCCCCCCCCCCCCCGCAUCAGAUUUUUGUGAACGAUCAUAUAUAUUUUUUUUAUGUGGCCUAAACUUGUUUUAUUAAUUGUGAUCUUAUUUGACAAUAUGAGUCUUAUGAUUAUUUUAUGUGGUCUCAUGCUUUCAGAUAAAAAUACUUAGCUCAAAUAAACUUUGUGUUCUUAUGUAACUAAAAUAAUUUUUUUUUUAAUAUUAUUAAUAUUAAGGAGCUUUGAAAUCUGAUUAAAACACAGUUCGUUUUUUAUAGUUCAAAAUUUUAUUUUACUUGUCUUCACUAGUAACCUACGUUCAUACGUUCAGGUUGAUGUAAGGGCUUAGCUAAUCAAAUGAUCUUUUGAGCCAAAUUCUUACCAUGCUGUGUCCAAACACUGUGGCUAGACAAUUUUCCGGCGUGGUUCCCCCUUGUCAGUGAUGCAGGACGGAGGGCCUGACAAGGACAGCUGUCUAGUCUUUCGGAUGAUACGAAAAACCGAGAUCCUGUGUAUAUAUUGGAAUGCACGUAAAAGAUCCCCUAGCAGUUGGAAUUCGAUAUAAGAGUAGGCGAUAGUGCCGGUGCCCGGGCAAAAUUUCCCUCAUAGCACACUGUAUGGCGUAUGCCUGUCUUCAUUAGCCCAGUAUAGGAGCAGAACGGUAGGACGUUAAACCCCAUUUCAUUUCUGUGGCUAGACAUUCACAUAGUCUAGUCCUAAAACAAGAUGUCCAUGCCCAUGAAAUUAAUUUAAGAAUUGCCAUUUCAGAAAAUACAUUUGCAUUGCCAGUUCAGUAUCAAACACUCUUAAUUUUUUUAUUGUAAAAUUUGUCUUCAUGGGCCAUAUCUAUGUUUUUUAAAUUAAUCCUCAGAUUCUUCAUCAAGAUCCGUGGUUGUUUAUAAUAAUGCAUGAAUUAUGGGAUUUAUUUCGGGAAGGGGCACAACUCUUACUUAUACUGGAUAAUCAACCACAUAAAAAAACACCCCCCCCCCCCCCCCCCCCCCCCGUUUACUUAUGGGCAAUUGAAGAAAACAAAACAAAGCAACAGUAGUAUUUCGAAAUAGCUGAUUAGUGAGUAGAAUAAUAGGGUCAAAAGUCACUUGUAUGAACCCUGACAUGAUCUCCCAUUUCAAUUGGUCAGAUUUUCAUUGAAAAUAUAAAAUAUAGAUCUGCAUUUUAAUCAGAUUGUAAAUUUUUGUCAAUAAUGUAAAUUAAAUAAUUGUAAUGCAAGUAAAAUACUUUAUUAACAUAUAAUUUUUUGCACCUAAAUAUUGUCUAUAAAAUGGUGUCUUAAGUACAGUAUAAUUGCAGAUAUAAAAUGU